GUGCUGUAACGCUGUCUUUACUUGCAGAUUGUGAACCUUAAAGAUGUCGAGGGUGGAGAGAAAAGAAUAUCAGGAGACCAAGGUGAUGCGAACAAUGUCACCAGGACGAGGUGGCCGUAGUGGUUCUGCUCAAAAUAUUUCGCAAUUCGAUAAUAACUUGGAUUAUCUGCUGGAGGAUCUUCAAUCUUCCGUUCCACAAAAGGGCGACACUCGAACGUAUCGGGAAACCAGGGUGGUCAACAGCAAUGCGGAGUCGCCCAGAAGUAACUCCCUAAAUCGCGUGACGCAUCUUAAGGCCUCGAAUCCGGUCGUCGAAUAUGCAACCGACGACGCUUACAAUUACACAUCACCCGACGGUUCUAACAACGUGCGAGGCUACAAAAAGGAAACGUACUCUUACAGCACGACGGCCAACGGCGUCCCACCCGAGAAGCAUCGCAUGCAGAACAACAUCAAUCAGCUCGACACGCUUCUGGACGACUUAAAACAUGUCAAGCAAUCCAGUACUAUUAAUAACGCUGGCGUCGAUCCAGGCAUGGUCGAAUACAACAAAAGUAAGGUGAUGAUGGGGAAGAAAGUCGUCGAACGCGAGCUGCACUACGGUGACACGCCACCUCGCGCUGGUGCUAGAACGUUGGAAAGAUCUGACCGAGAGGGCUCUUUAACUCGCGAAAUUGAAUAUGUUGACGAAGGAACGUAUGGAGAAACAAGACCCAUCCGCUAUACCACUCCAUCGCCAUCUAGGAAUCAAACAUCCACUCUUACGAAGCAGAAGGUUGUUACCAACGUGCAAACUCAACCGCUGGAGGUUGUCGAGACGACAACUCCCGACAUAAAUCCUGAAAUAUUAGCGAGUUUGGAUCCCAAUCUUCUUCCGACUGGAAAUACGAAGGUUACUACGACCAUAAAAACGUACACCUACGAAAUUCCCGGAUCUGGUUAUUCGCCUGGUGCCGCACCCGAGUCUGACAAAUACGUUUAUUCCCCCAACCAAUCGGCGACAAGUCCCAGUAAAAGUUUCGUGUACACCAAAGUGGAUAACAACGAGAGCACCGUUAGUUAUCCACCUCCACAGGAGGAGCAUUGGAAAACCAAUGUGUAUCGGGAAACGACAACAAAUCAAAGCCCUCCAUAUCGGAGACCGACCUCUCCGCAUCCCUCCGGUACAACAGUAAUCAGGGAGACCACUCGCAAUUACCCAUCUGAGCCGCACCCACCCGGUGCGACCGUAAUUCGGGAAACGACGCGUAAUUAUCAACCCGGCUACCAACCUGACCCUCAUCCUUCCAAACAGACCUACAUUUACAACGAAACAACGACAACAAAACACAUAAACGACCCGUACGGGCAUCCCAAUUACCCUAACGAGCCGCAACCGGUAAAUCGUGAACCUCCGCGAAACGACACUUACAUCUACAAGGAGACGCAUAACACAACCACCAAUCGCUCGCCGGGCCCCUACCGCAACGGGUACCCCCCGCAGGAACCAGGCACGACGGUAAUCUACAAGCACGACACUCACACGACCAACAACUAUCCGCCACCGCAACAAAAACAGCCGCCACCGAAUCGGACAAUCAUCAUCAACAAGACCGAGAGGAAUACCUACGACGAUCGCGAUCCCAAUCGACGGCCGAACGAACCUUACGAUCCCAACAAUGUCAACAUAACUUACAAAUACACAACUCAUAGUACGAGCUCGAAUAAUUACGGCGGGUAUCCGCCCGAGGAAUCUCAGCCGUUACUUAGACCACAUCCUUUCCCGCACGACGGACCGGACGGUCCACCGAAGAGGGUCGAUGAACUUAUGGCCAAAAUUGGACAAGAGCCCCCAGACAGUCCUUUAAAUUCAGGCUAUACGGCGCACGAGGCCGAAUUAAUCCAUCAAAAGAAAGUGGAAUCGUUAAAACAGCAAAGUGAGCCCAACGAUGUGCAGAAAAAGGAAAGGAAUCAAGCGCCGACUAAGAACAUCUCGGGUCCUCCCGUCUACUAUCCCCCAGGAGAGAUGUUUAUGAAAAAGGAGGAGUCUGGCGGAUGGCGUGCCGAGGGAGCCAUGUCGAAGGAAUCUGGUAAAUAUCGGUACGAGGCGGAAAGCAGUAGCAAGAGUAAGGCAAUGGGAGGCGCUGCCGUCGUGCCCGUCUGCUUGCCGCUAUGUUGUGGAUUACCGUGUACCAUUUUGUAACCUACUUUUUGUAUAUUAUUUACUAAUAUUUAUUUGACAAUUGGACGUGUUAAUACAAAAUUGUUAAUAAUAGUCUUACGCGGAAAGAUGUAUUAACCGGAUUUUACAAAGUGUAUAUUUUGAUUAAAACGCAUAUAAUCUAAGGUGCUAA